AUGUCCGGGAAUGACGACCCUUCAAUGAAACAGAGCACAAGCUUUAUACCGUGGAAUUCGGCCAAAACCAACGUCCCCAUCCCGGAACCUUCACGUAUCGUCAGCGACAUUGUCGGAAGCGCAGCCGUUAAAGCUUCAGCGGCUGGUAUCCUAUCAAGCAACCCUCGAAUUCAAGCAGCUCAGUCCGAGUGGGAACGUAGACAGGCACAAUACUUCUCACAGACACCUGCAUCGUCUCAAGUGAUGCCUCGAAAGAGAAAAGCAUCCCCAGACUUUUCACCUUCAGACUUUUCAUCUGUUCUCCCCAAGAGGACUCCCGCUGAUUACGCCCGUGUCCGCGAAGCUCGUCGCUUUACGGAAGCCGAGGUCGCGAGACAGUUGGCAGAUAUCAACAGUGCAGCUAUCAAGAAGAGCGCCAUGCACCGUUCAUCUCAAGCUGCCGUGGUUUCGCUCACUGGGGCCGAGUUGCUCAAAAAGUACACUGGCCAAGGGACACCAUCACCAACACCUGGACCAGCAAGAUCGCCUGACUUUUUAGUACCUGAUACUCGAGUGGAGGCAAUCAUCCUGGCUGAUCCUAGCCGAGCCUACACUGUAUAUCCUUUCCCCCAAGGUGGUUUUACUUCUGCUCGUGGAGCACUUAUUCCGGCAAACUACAAACUUCACGACGACCCUGAACUUCCAUACAUAUGUCCUGUGCGAGAUUGUCGCCGUGUGUUUGGCAAACUUAAUGGUCUUGGUGGACAUUUUGGCGCUGGGCAUUGUUCAACGACAUUCAACGACAACGGAGAUGGCACAUUGACCAAGGUCGGUAGCUAUCAGAAGGAUGGUCCUGGAGGUACACCUGGAAUCGUUGUUUCCAGAAACCCCCUUCCUCCUGAUGCACCACCUCCGGUCGACCCAGGCUUGUCGCUAUUCGCCUCGUUCCAGCAGAACCGAGUAUCUCGAGCUGCCGAACAUGAGAGAAAGACAACACGCUCACAGGAUUCUCCCUACCGGCCUCAAGCUAUGCAAGAAUCGGAGGUUAAGCAAUAUCUCCACCAACACCUCAGCCCAGCCCAAAAGUCUCAUCAGCGAGAGGACAUCAAUUACAUGCUGACAUUGCCUCGUAGACGUGAGCUGCCUGAGGGUUGGAAGCAUACCCACCGGGGGAGCAACCUGGACGUCACUCAUUAUUCCUGUGCAGUGGCAUAUCUCGUAGGUACAGGCGUGGUUGGUAGCGAGCAGUGCACAGUCAAUACCACUCGACCAUCUGCACGACUAUCGCAACCUUGCAUCCGUCUCCCAAUCGGCCUGUCUGCGACAGCGAAGCAGGCAUUUUCUGCUCUAGAGUCUUGCGUAGGAUGUAGAUACUGGUGUCACCUGCAGCGACGUUCAAACGGUUGUGACUGGUGUCCUGAGCCAAAAGUUAGACGAGGGGCUUCCGGUUCAUCUCGAUCGUCGUCUUCCGAGGAACUGAAUCCCCCGAUGGAUCUCGACGAUUCUGAGGAUGUCAACAUCAUGACUGAGGUCCAGCCAAAACGAAGAAAAAGACGCUCCUCUGGGAAUGACGUUGCCGUGAGAGACCAAACAGUUGCCAUCAUUAGCAGACCUGAGAUGGGCGUUGAAUUGGAAAUGGAGGAUUGGGAGGUUGCUCCAGGAAGGAUAAAGGAUGAAUCUUCCUCGGACAACGUCGCCUAUUCCAACUCGUUUCUCACCAGUGGUCAACCCGUCACCGUUUCAGAGGACGUCAGCUUCAACGUCAUGGUUCUGAAGCCGGGUAGCGCUAAUCAUUGGGCUGUUGAAGACGACAAACUGCGAACAUGCUCCGUCGCCUCAGGAAAGAUUCGUGUCACCAUGAACGAAAAGACGUUCAAUCUUGGCCCCAACGGCAUGUUUGUUACACCCCACGUUAUGGGAUCUACAGAGUCAGCCUACAGAGAUAAUAUUAGCACAUCAGCAAUUGACAUGAGAAUCGGAUAUUACUUUGAAAUGGACUUUUGUCACGAGCGUGCUAAGCCAGGCUGCUCGGACUCACCAGAGCCGGAGCUCAGCAAUGACAAGGACUCGGCUCAUGUAAAUCCAGGGAGUCCCCCAGAUCAACUCCCGCCACUGAAUGAUUACACGACAAAGAGAGAACCCGAGAAGAAGAUUAGCGAAGAAUCGACGGAAACAGAGGUGUCAAAGGCCAGGUUUAUUAUUGAUCCGGAAGGAGAAUUCACUCAUGAUCAAACAACUGUCGACAUUGUGACUGUUCCAUGCCCUGGAGCAGAUCCCCUUCGAACAUGGAGUCGGGAUGGCCUUAUGAGUCGAUACCACGGAGCAUUGUCUAUGCGCGACGCCGAAGGUGCAGCAUCUGAUGCUGAUCGACCAGCUCCAUCAUGGGUUCGCCAAGGCCUUCGUCGUGAAGCGGAUCGAGCUCGGAUUCUGUUGUAUGAGCACCCAUCGACGACUGAGGAUACGAGGCUGAGUACCCUGGCCGAUGCAUUGCUGGAAGAGUUGGAAAGCUUGAGAAAACGAGAGAAGCAGACACGACCGGUUGUGUUUGUGGGCCAUAGCGUUGGCGGUAUUAUUGUCAAGAUGGUGUUGACAAAGGCAAGCAGAGAUCCGUCGUUUGAGGAUAUAUACAGGCAAUGCUAUGGUGCUGCAUUCUUUGGAUCGAGUUACUUUGCCAUGCCGAGUCUCGCAACUGGUAUUCAGAAUCUGCUUCAACUGUCAGCUCCUAUGCCGACAUCAAUAACGGACGAUCUUCGUGUGGGAAAUACUCUGCUCCUCCAACUCGACGACGACUUCAAAUCGAUCGCACACGACUUUCGCAUCUGGACGCUGUAUGAGACCAUCGACUCUCGCCUUUCAGGCAGCUCGGGAGAUGUCUACUUCACUGCCCCACUAACUUCAAUCAAGUCUGCUAUCCUCGGCAUGCGACAAGAGACUAUUCUCCCACUUCAGAGUGAUCACGCGAAUAUUGCUUCUUUCGGGCGGCAUAAUCUGCACACGAUGCGCCUAUUUCUGAAGCAGUUGUCGGCUCUCAUCGGACGCGCAGACGAGUACUCUCGUGAGGACGGAAAUUGGUCUCUGAAUCUUGAGCAAAAGGUCAAUGUCGAGGUUCACGGAUUCUUUGAAGAUCCUCCAGGUCCAUUUGAUGUGGCGACGAUUCGAGCUUGGUCUACACGACUGCCGCUUCGAGAUUUCUUGAGAAAGGGGCCAGAGGAGUGCUUGGCUGAGAGGUUGAACGAAGUCGAGACAGUUGAUGAAGGCAGGUUCUUGAGGAAUCGAGGGAAAACAACGAUGCUACCGACCGAGAAAGUUGCUGAUGAAACACACGACAAUCCCCUUGGGAUCUCGCAGGGAUCUGUCGAGUCUUCUCCUGCAUCCCCCAUCAUACGGCCUGUUGAUGCAGAAAAGACAAGAUCAGAGUCAGCACCUCAAACAGGAGCAAGAUCUCCCGCCACACCUUUAUCACCGGCGGCUAUUUCACCACCCACACACUACUCAACGCCGAUGCGACGUCCUUCGCCACUUAUUCGUGCCAACUUUGAGCAGGAUUUGGCUGUCGAUCGUCUAUCUCCUCCUCCUAGAGGAAGAAUGGGGCGAUCUCUUAGUAGGUCUGUCAGCAUGGGAACUCAAGCCUCACAAUACGAGUACAAAGACUUUCCUCCGUUCUCACAGCGAAGUCGAAGUACCAUUGGCGGCUUCAGUGACGAUGACGAUAUCGAUGCGUCUCCGAGGUUGCCAGAAGCGAUCGUUGCCAUCCGAAAGGCCGCGAAUAAUGGUGAGAGGAGAGCCAGUGAGACAGUAAUCGUGGAUGAGGUGCCUGUUGCGUUCUCGAAACCUCAGAUUGAAAAUCGCAAGUUUAUGUGGAUUCAUUUGCCAUACAACAAUCCUAGCUGGGUGACGAAAAUGUUCGAGACUCUGCAGACAGCAAACAAUCGCAACUAUGCCCCCCUGUUUAACAAUGACUUCUGGGCGACAAGACAUUCUCGAGGGCGACACUCUCAACACUAUGCGUAUUUUGCGAAACCAGGCUGUUACUUUUCAGCUCCUCGGCACAUGUCGCCUCGAGGCCGAUCUUCGAAACAGUCAUCGAUAUCGCCCAAACCAGAGGGUGGAAUCUAUACUUGUCUAUUCCUCCCAUAUCUUCAUUUUGACUCGUACAAACGACUCAUUCGCCGACGAGAACUCAUCCUUCAGCGUCUCGGCCAUGGACGAGCCAGACCUGUUCCCGAAACUGUGGCAAAGUCUGAUUCUCUUGAAUCACAGGUGAUCUGGGAGUUUUUGGGCCACGAUCCACCGCUCAACUGUCGUCGAACACUAGAUCAAUUCGGAUAUCCAUCGCUGAGGGACACUCGGUCGCGAGAUGAUGAUCAGAUGCUGUAUAAACUGACAAAGGAACGAACAUUCGCUCCCGGUUUGGGCCCAGGACUUCAUGGACAAAUGUCAAACAGUAGCUCUGGGAGUAGCGGAAGUGGUAGUCGACGAUCCAAGACAAGUAGCCAGGACGGUGAAGACGAGGAGGGUUGCGAGGACACUAUACUCAACGGCAAUGUUCUCAUGGUGGAUCAGCUGUGGCUUUGGGUCAUAGACUCCCAUACGCUACUCUCCUUCUUCCCAAAGCGAGAGGGUGAUGCUAUUGAAGGGCCUCUGUAUCAGCAAGCAGAUCUUCGCGACAGCAUCUUUAACGAAGUCAACGUCGAUCUCACCCGACAAUGCGAAAAUGCUCUGGACCUAGCGGCAUUAGCAGUCCUCCAUGCUGUCACAGUCCUCCUCGACAGAUCCUCACACCCAGACCUAGAAGUGUUUCGAAUCUUUGAAGAAGCCAUCAGCGUUCUAACCGAAAAACUCACCUCCUCGCUCAAAACAUUUCGCGCUGAGGGAUUCCGUGACAAAGCGUCAGCCUACGAGCCAGUUGAGAACAAAGCUCGUUCCAUCAGAGCACGCCACAAGGCCGAGGGCCGUCGAUCAGAAGAGGAUAACCGAGACAACACAUCUGCUCUCCUUGAACUUCGAGAUAUUGAAGAUGAACUUUUGAUUCUGGUUCAUCUGUUUGAACGUCAGUCUAAAGUCGUCAGCUCUAUGCUCUCCACUUACACUCGUCCGGAACUGCGUGACCGUACUGCAAAUGGAAGACUGUUCCUGAGUGAAGCUAUCAAGAAGGUCUCGGAGUAUACGCACCAAGCUCAAGAGAUGAUUCAGAGAGUCCGGAGCACGAGAAACGACUACGACAAGCUCCUUCAGAUGGUUCAGCGACAGGCGCAGGUUGAUGAGGUACGGCUGAGUAGGCUUCAUGCCGAUCUUGCAAGUGCGCAAAGUCGCAGUGUCAUGAUCUUUACCACAUUUACAGUCAUCUUCCUCCCGUUGACCUUCUUUACUGGUCUCUUCGGUAUGAACACUCAGGAAUGGGGUGGUGAGAAUAACUUGUCGCUCAAGACCAUCGGGACAAUCUCGUUGCCUGCAAGUUUCGCCCUAGUGGUUUUUUCUCUCGUGGCAGCUUUUAGUACAAAUGCCCGACUUCUGAUCAAAUGGCUUGGCCAUUUGUACCGACACAUGAUGUCCUGGGUGUGGAGAACACUGUGUAAGCCAGCUGUUGCAAAGAUGGCUGACAUGCUGCCACAAGGAAAUGAGCGACAAAGGGAGGAGAGGGACUUGAGAAGCGGGAAGAGAGUUUUGAGAGAGGAAAUGAGUGACUUUUGGGAAAGACAUAGAUUAGAGAGGGACAGAGGAUACGCGGUUCCAGAGAAGAAUAAGCGGACGGUAGUGAGUGGUAAGAGUAGUUGGAGGAAGAUGAAGUAG